UUCCAGUGCUGUGUGUACCCCCAGUACAGUGGCAGAUCUUGGAGACUGCAGUCAUCUGAUAGUCGGUGGACUCUGGAUUACCCAGUUCUGUUAUCGGCAGUCUUAUAUCAAAAUCUGGCCAAAACCCACUGUACUUACAUUGGGAUUUUAUCCAGUUUGUGUAUUCAUGCUUGGAUUAACUUUUUUUGAUGGAGAUAGUUGGACAAAGACCUGGAUUAGUAUUCCUACAUGUGGUCUUAUUCUUGUUUUGAUGUGUGUGGCAUUAUAACUGAUCAUGGACACACCAGUUUUUGAAAUUGAAGAAGUCGAAGAUCCAGAGGACAGUUGUGAACCUUCAAUGAUGGAGCUAGCACAUAGCCUCCUCCUUAAUGAGGAGGCACUGAAAAAAAUUCCUGAGAACAAACGACCAGUGUUUGUCUUUGAAUGGCUCCGGUUUCUGGAUAAGGUCCUCAUCGCUGCACAAAAAUCGGACAUUAAGGAGAAACAGAAGAAACUUGUGGAGCAGUUGACCAAUCAGAUCAGUGAAUCUCCUGGGCCGCCAAGCCGGAAACUGCUGGCACGGAACCUUGCCAUUCUGUUCAGUGUUGGCGAUACCUUCGAACUGUUCAACACUAUAAACAAAUGUAACGACAUCAUCAAGAACAAAGAUGAUUCACCCAGUUAUCUCCCGACUCGUCUUGCUGCCAUUGCGUGUCUAGGAGCCAUGUAUGAGAAACUAGGGCGAAUGACAGGCAGAUCGUAUGAGGACACCGUACAGAUACUUAUCAAGUCCCUCAAGAAUGCUGAGUCCCAGGGAAGAAGUGAAAUCAUGAUGACCUUGGAGAAAGUUGUGGGAGGUGUGGGAUCGGCAGGAAGUGGCACAUUUAAGGAUGUAUACAAAGCUACCAAACAAUGCAUGACUGACCGGUCUAUGUCUGUGAGAUUUGCUGCUGCUAAGUGUAUGUACCAGCUUGUGAACGAGGCUCCAUUCAUGUGUGCCACAGAACUGGAGACGGUCACAGCUCUCAGCUUCAGGUCCCUGGAUGGAUCAAACUAUGAUGUGCGCUGUGCAAUCGCAAAACUCCUCGGCAAUCUUCUCGCAACUGCGUUGUCACCAAAGACUGUUUAUGGAAAGAACAAGCAGCCAAAACUUGAAGAAGUAUUGAACCUUCUGGCAUCAGGCUUCAUUAAGGGAGGUUUUGGCUUCCUGAAGAGUUCCACGGCAGGGGAGAUGAUUAAAGGCAGUGGAUCCAUUAAUAGGGAGAUUCGUGUCGGUGUCACCCAUGCAUACAUUGAGUUUGUGAAAUGUAUGGGAGGCUUAUGGCUGGAGAGAAACAUCUCCAUGUUUCUGAAUCAUGUCCUUGACCUUGUGGCCAGUCCAAAGUCUACACCCACACACGUUGAUGCAGUGUAUGCACGCAAAUGUGUCCUCUUCAUCAUAAGAUCUUCAAUAGGAGGUCUGCUGGGGGAAAAGGCUCAAAUUGCUGCUGCCAAGGAGAUAUGUCAAAUAAUUGUAAAACAAAUGAAUGCAGCAGGAGAAGCAGUGGCCGACGCGGUGGAUGGUAAAUCCCAGAACUGGGAUAUGAUGGGCAGUCAGCAUGUACUUGUAUGUGCUCUACAUGAGCUAGGAAGCCUGGUACUGAGGCUGGGUACCUCAGCUAGUCCCCUGGUGUCCGAGCCUGCCACAGGUAUAAUAGAGCCGGUGGUGUCGGUGUUAAUCCACCCCUGCCACGCGGCUCGACUGGCGGCCUCCUGGUGUCUGGGCAGUAUCUCAGUGGCUCUGCCCUCACAGCUAACACCCCUGCUAGACCGCUGUGUGGAGCGCAUGGAGAAGUUAAAGUCCUCCCCAGAGUCCGUGUCUGGUUACAGCAGCGCCCUGGCUGCCUUGCUGGGUAGAGUGUACCAGUGUCCACUGGGUAUCCCCCACGGCAAGGGAAAGCACUUGUUCAGCAUAGCGGAGGAGUUACUGCGGACAGCGUCACAGAACAGCCGCCUGUCCUUACAGAGAACACAGUCUGGCUGGCUACUCCUGGGCUCACUGAUGACACUAGGUCCUCCUGUGGUUAGGAACCACCUACCCCGCAUGCUGUUAUUAUGGAGGAAUGCGUUCCCACGGUCCACCAAGGAACUAGAAGCAGAGAAGAUCCGAGGUGACUCCUUCACCUGGCAGGUCACAUUGGAGGCCAGAGCUGGUGCGCUCGGAGCAAUGUACAGCUUCCUGCAGCACUGCCGUGAGCUAGUCACGGAGGACGUUAUUCGCCGCCUAUUGGCACCUCUGGAAUGUGCUCUCCUGAUGUUUUCACACUUGCCUGGCGUGAUAAAGAGCUAUGGGACCCAGCUGAAGGCCAGUGCUGCCAUGGUGCGACUGCGGCUCUAUGAUGUUCUCUGUCUACUGCCCCCAGAGUCAUUUGAAGGUACAUACACAAUGUUACUGAGAGAAUUGGUGGCCGAGUUCACACUGACAGACAAUCCAGCCAACACGACCACGUCACUGCUGCGGUCAAUGUGUCAUGUGGACGAUAGUGUUAUACUGGGCUCCUGGCUGCAGGAGACUGACCACAAGGCUAUAGAGGACCAGUUUGAACCCAAUCGUAAAGUGGAUAAAGAGAUAUUGCAGCCUAACAGUGCAUCAGGUUCUGGAGCCCUGGAGCACGACUCACAGUCGCUUUAUGCACGUUAUCCACCGAGUGAACCUAUCCCAGGCCCCCUUCCCUUGGGCGUGGCUGUGAUUGACAGCUCAGUGAAGCUUUAUGGUUUGGUCUUCCCUCGUGUGGCCAACAAACACCGGUACCAGAUGCUACAGCACUUCAACGAGUGUAUAAAGCAGGCCAAGGCCACCCGCCAACAGGCUGUACAGAUGAAUAUCUUCACUGCGGUACUCUGUGCUCUCAAGAGCCUAUCUGAUACUAAGACGAGUAUGGGACCUGAUGAGGUGAAGAAAGCUGCAUUCAAUCUUAUCAUGGGAGCUCUGAGCAGCACCAAUCCUAUCUUAAGGUGUGCGGCUGGUGAGGCGUUAGGUCGCAUGGCACAAGUGGUGGGCGACAGUCGCUUCAUCGCAGACAUGGCUCAAUACAGCUUUAACAGUUUGAAAUCAGCGCGAGAUGUGGUCAGCAGGACUGGUCAUUCUCUGGCCCUAGGCUGUCUACACAGAUACGUCGGGGGUAUGGGGUCAGGUCAGCACCUAAACACUAGUGUCAGCAUCUUGUUGGCUCUGGCCCAGGACUUCAACUCACCUGUUGUACAGGUGUGGGCAUUGCAUGCCUUAGCCCUGAUUGCUGACUCGGGUGGACCGAUGUUCCGAAGCUACGUGGAGCCCACACUGUCACUGGUACUACAACUGCUGUUGUCUGUGCCACCCUCCACCGUGGAUGUCCACCAGUGUUUGGGCAAGUGUCUGUCGGCCCUCAUCACUUCAAUAGGACCAGAACUACAGGGUAACAGUGGGUCGAUAGCCACAGCGCGGCUGUAUUGCCUAGUGUGCUGUGCUAUCAUGCAGGACCACCCCGACUCCUUGGUCCAGGCCGAGGCCAUUGCCUGUCUACAACAGCUUCACAUGUUUGCACCGCGUCACGUCAACCUCACCUCUCUCGUCCCUCAUCUCUGUGAAACGCUCAAGAGUGCCCACUUACUAUUACGGAGAGCUGCAGUAGCAUGUUUACGUCAACUGGUUACACGCGAGGCAGAGGAGGUCAGCGAACAGGCACUCAAGGUCGUCAAUGAGACCAGUUAUCAGUACUCAUCACCUGGUACAGCUGCCUCGGCCAAUGAAAAUGGUGUAGAGGGUCAAUUGUAUGGCAUGCUGGACACAGAGAUUGACGGCAAGCUGAUCUCUGAUGUUCAGGACACGUUGGUCAGUCUGCUACAGUCCUUGGCUACUCGUAACCUUACACGCUGGCUUAUGUUACUGAAGGAGGUGUUGUCAGCCUCCACAGACACAACCAGUAGUUUACAGGAAGGAGUUGUGGACGGUGAUGACGAUAAGGAUGACGAUGAUGAAGAUGAGGGUGCUGAGUUUGAGUUCAAGGCGGCUGAGGCUGAUGUUACUCAUCCAACAGUUGCUCCUAGGUGGCCCACACGAGUGUUUGCUACGGACUGCUUGAGAAAGAUCAUCAUAGCUUGUGAAGUCGACGAAAUCCACUUCAACUUGGAAAAAGCUAGAGAGUUGAAGGCGAAGACCAACAAUGUGAACUUCCUAGUGUUACAUCUGUCGGAGUUGGUACGAAUGGCGUUCAUAGCUGCCACGUCAGACAGUAACCAGCUGAGGUUGGCAGGCUUGUCGGCACUACAGGAUGUUAUAACCAGAUUCGCGGCUGUACCAGAACCGGAGUUCCCUGGCCAUGUGAUACUAGAACAGUACCAGGCACAGGUGAGUGCUGCCCUGCGACCUGCUUUCUCACAGGACACGCCAUCAGAUGUCACUGCUGCUGCUUGUGAUGUGUGUAGUACAUGGAUAGGCAGUGGUGUUGCUCGUGACCUCAACGACCUACGUAGGGUUCACCAGCUGUUAGUGUCCUCACUGGCCAAAAUGAAUGCUGGGAAAUCCCAGUCCAUGUUGUACAAUGAGAGUGCUGUCACCAUGGAGAAGCUGGCAGUAUUACGAGCAUGGGCAGAGGUAUAUAUAGUUGCUGUAGAACGAGAGAAGACAGUACAGCCUAAAGCUAAGAAUGAGGAGGAUGAGUUCGGUGACAGUGCUAGAGAAAGCCUGUUGUCCCUGGUACAGCCAGAGUUACCUACACUUAGUCAGAACUGGUUCAACGCCCUUAAGGAUCAUGCUUACCUAUCCUUGCCUCCAGAAUACUCUGGGCAGCUCCCUUCAGAUGGUGGUAUGUUUUACCAUCCUGAAACAGUGGAUUCAGCUCGUCCCCACUACAAGAAAUCAUGGCCAUCCAUCCUCCAUGCUCUAGCUAUCUGGCUGGACGAAUCAUCCUUCUUACAUGUGGACAAAGACCACAGCAACGAGCCAGCCAAUGAGAAGAAGCCAGGAGGUCUGUCUCUAGCACCGGCCAAUGCUCCAGCUAACAUGAACCCAGAUCAGAUCAAUGCAGAUAGAUUGUAUCUCAUUCUAGGUAUUUGUAUGGAAGCAUUGUCCAGUAAUAUAAUUGUGAUGUCAGAACAUGUGGUCAACAGUUGUUUGAAAGCCUUGUAUGCUCUGUUGAACCCCAGCUGGCCCCGCAAGGCUAUGGGCGAGGACCCAGUGCUGUCACGUGAACUCCUCAAUGUCAUGCACAGAACGAUGUUGACAAAGGACAGCAUCACCACACAGCUGCUGGCUAUAGAGGUGGUAAAGCAAGUUCUAUCUGCAGCUGGAGAAAACCUUGACAACGAAAAGAUCAAAAUUAAAGAAAAGGAAAUCGAGACCCCAGUAAGCAAUGCCAGCAGCACAGAUUCCAUGGACACCACAGACAGUACCCAAGUGUUAGGUGAGGGGGGUGAGGCUGGGGACAUUGUACCUGGCAAGUCUGUAGUAUAUGCCACCCUGGAGGUGUGUCUGUGUGCCAUUUCCAGACAGAUUCCUGCCCUCAACCCUUCCACCCCUAGCACAGGCUUCCAGGUCCCUACAAGACUCACCAAGAUGUCCGACGAAUCCUGUCAGCUCAUUGCCAACACAGUCCUCAUUCUCACAGAACUUCCAAAUCUUUGUUCACCUCAAGGGAGUAUAGCAAUCCUACCUACAGUGUUACACCUAGUGACAGGAGUGCUGAGGGAGCUGUCGGCCAAGUCUUCUGAGCGACGGUCACCUGUAGUGGUCAGUGCCUGCCUUAGCUCCCUCAAGACUCUGUGUUCUUCACCACUGACCACUGAUGAAACAGUGUCAGGAAGCUGGAUACAGCUGCUGCAGAGCACUCUAGCUACAGUCCUUCAUUAUGCAAAACCUUCUGAAGAGAAGCCAGGGAUGGAGGACGUGACUCUCCUUGGGGUGAUCACAGUGUUCAUCUGCUGCACUCCCCACGAAGUGGCUAACAUACCCUCUCUCAAGGCUCAGUGUGUACAGGUGUUCAAAGAUACCUGGGAUUCUGACAACAACGAGGUGAAACUGAAAUGUGUCCAGAUGUUUACAUCGGUGAUACAGCACCUGGACCGUGACAGUGCCACACCUUAUAUACGCAAUGUCGCCUCCAAGAUAUUGGAGUACCUGUGUAAUACCAGUGAGGAUAAACGCAACAUUGACUCGGAAAUUAAUCUCAUCAAGGGUUCUAUACACAUGGCCGUGUCACUAGUCGCCAUAGCUGAAGAAUCUAGACGUUUGACUCUCUUAUCUUUGUUGAUGCCACUUCUUGUGUCAUUUUUAAUGAAUGAAAAAACUGUGAACUCAAUGUCUAAAUCUGCCAAGCUUCUACAUGACGAAGCUCUUCAAAGAAUCACAACGAUCGGUCCAAGGUACCCAGAGCAGUUCAGGACACUUAUGGGUAGUCAGGCAGAGCUCAAGACAAAACUAGAGGCAGCUGUGAAGCUCAACCAGGCCAGUGUGAGAGCAAAGCAGGCUUUAGAAAAAUCUGCCAAGCUACCACAGAAUCAACCUGCACGACCCACCAUAGCUUUAAAAACAAACUUCGGCAAUUUCACUGGAUGAAUGGAUAUUGCGAGGAUGCAACACAUUAAACGUUACUCAAUCUGUGAUAUUAUAAAAAAUGACUGGCCUCCUGUGUAGUACACAGGGGUCAUCUGUUACUGUUGGACUAUUGAUAUAUUUUAUAUAGCGAUGUAUAGCUCACAUGUAUACAGAGUAUAGCGGGGGCUUUACAAUGAUCACUAGUUGUUGAUGUAUAGUUUGUAUGGCUCAAGACUUUUCAUAUAGUAUUCAUGUAUCCUUGUUGACACGGAGAUCAAAACUAAUAUGUAUCAAUUUUGUAAAUAGCAUUUUUCCUCAUUUGUACAAAUUACCUCAUCACAUAUCAUCCAGAACUCAUAGUAUCUUGUCUUUUGUACCUAUUAUUUGUAAUAUAACAGACAGAUUGAUAGUAUUUUUGAAACUGAAAUUUAAUAGUUGUUGUAAUUAUUAAUUCAAAUAUUUAUUGAAUGUUGAAUUAACAGUACUUUUAUACUGCCAGAUCACUAUAAACUCAUCUUUGUUGCACUUUUAUGAGAAGUGCAUGCUUACCCAAUUCAAAUAUAUAUACAUGCAUCAAAUUGUCAUCAUGCUGUGAGAUUAUUAGAAAAGUUUACCAAGGAAGAGUGUUUGAAAAGAUUCUAGUGCUAGCAUAUUAGUAAAUGUCAUUAUUUGCAUGGUUUUUCUAUUUGAGAAAAACAGUGUUUAAAUAAAAAAUGGUUUUUUUUUCUUUCCGAUUUUGACUUAAUUUAUAUCUGGUAGAUAAAUGCAGAAGAUUCAGGGGAGGUAACUACAAACACCUGUGUGGUCUUUCAGUUCUUCAUUAACAUGUCUGUGGCCGCACACGUAUUCUAACAGUGUGAAGGAAUCUGUAAAUCUUUUAUAUUUUGUGUCUUCUUACUUUAAAAUUUGCAAUUUUAUAUGUCAUCAUUUGAUUGUCACAUAUUUUCCUCGCACAGGAUUUACCUUGUGCUUUGAUAUGAAGCAUGUAUAAUGUUACACCCACUGUUAGAGUGGUUUUAUUGAACAAAUGAUUUAUGAACAAAGACAUCAAUUCGAUAGAAUUUGGAUUUUUUUUCUAUGGAAACAGACAACAGUGCAAAGAAACUUGUUCUGUUGUUGUGUAUUAUAUUAAAGAGUCAAAAACCACUGGAAUAAAUUGUUCAUGGGAUUUGUGCACAUUUUGCAUUAACUUUUAGUUUUCAUCCCGAUUCCACUAUGCAAAAAGCAAUUAUUCACAAAAUAUUCAAGAUUUACAUGAUAAUAUAUAGGAUACUGAGAGAAUGUAUAUGAUUAUUGAAAUGAAGAAGAGAAUGGUUUUGUAUGUGUUGAAAACAUUAUGUCAUAUAGUUGUUGAAUUUUUUAAGAUAUCUUGAGAUUGUGAGUGUGGGGUAUUAUUAUAUUAUUGAUGUUUUUAAUCCUGGAGAGUGCUGCAAUCACCCGUUGUUUAUAUCCUAAAGCCAAAGUUAGCCCGUCUUGCACUGUUUUACAUACCAAAUAAAUGUUGUUUGUGAUCGCUCGGUGUUUUCCAUAUGAUGCCAUUGCUCUGCAUUCCAUACAUGUCACUGUUGCUUGUUUGUCAGUGUUGUUUAUAAGAUAAUUAAGAUCUGCUACAUUUAGAGAUUCAUUUCAGGUGAAUUUUGUCAUUUCCCCCAGUUUCAUUUUAAAAUUUUACCCAUAAGAAGUUAGUUUAGUAUUAAGGGCAUUGUGUAGCAUGUAUUUUUACCACUUUAACUGGAAAAACGUACUUAUUUUAUGGUGUAAAUAAUAGUAUAUGUAUAUAUCUGAUAUUUAGAAAGCUUACAUGUUUAUUUAUGGCUAGUUUUGUUUAUUAAAUACAGUAGAAACACUUUAUUAUGUAAUACACAAGUAAACAAGUAUUAUUGUUUAAACCAGUACUGAGUUUGUAGCACUGGUGGUAAAAUGAUUGAAGUUGUGAUUAAUGACGGUUCAUUAACAUAUACGUGAUUAACAUUCAUUUACAUACAAAUUUCAUAAUUCAAACAGAGGAGUUGUGCAAUGAUUUACUUGUAAAGGAAAUUUAAUCUGAAAAAAAAUAUUUUUGAUGUAUUUAUCUGAACUUCAAAGGUUAUUAAUUGUUGGUUAAAUACGAUGAGAAAUUAAAAAUACGUUUUUAAUUGAAAUCAAGAAAUUCUGUUUACAGGGCAAACAGGAUGUUUUGAAGGGUAAUUUUUCUAAGAUUUGUUUUGUGACUUUUCAUAUGUUCUCAAGUGGUUAUGAUUUAUGUUUUAAACUGAAAAUAUAACUGGAUUUGUACCAUUAAUUAUUACCGACAGAUGGUCAGUUAAACAAUUAAACUAACCGGACCCCCAGAACUUGUAAAUUAUAUGUAUGAUGUUCUAUAGGUUGAGCUGUUUGAGUUAGUACUCUGAAUAUGAAAUUUUAAACCCCUGAUGAGUGAUGGGCAAGAUGGUUAGAUAUUUUCUCAAGAGAGGUGGGAUAUUUGAUGUAGAAAUAUUUACAUGAAGAUUUAUUACACAUAAGUAUCAUUCCUAAUAUUAUAGAAUUCAUCAGUUAAUCUAAAUUAUGAUUACAUAAUUGAUGAAAAUGAAGAUAAGUAAUGAAUAGAUCAGAUUGGUUAGUGUACAACCAAAGAAAAUGUGAAAUACAUCAAGCUAAACAAAUUCAAUAAUCAAGAGACACAAUAAAACUGUUCUAAUUGAGAAACCUAUUGCUCUAAAGGAAUGUUAUCAAUAAUAUAUCUACAUAUUCUCUGGUCCGAGGAACUACAGAAUUUAUAUACUAUUAGUUUAUAUGCCCAAUAGAAGAUUUAAAAUAAACUUAAUUCUGGUCCAUGAGGUAUUAAUUAGUAGGACCCCUUUUCUGUUUCUAAAGUGAUUGGUGCCGAGUAUAGCUUCCAUUACAAUGAAGGUAGGCGUAAUGAUUUGCUGCUUAAUUGUUACAGAUGAUCAAUAAAAUAUCUACAAGAAACUUA